GUGAACAGCAAGGAAAUGCACAGUGGAAACCAGACUUCUGUGUCUCACUUCAUUUUGGUGGGCCUGCACCACCCACCGCAGCUGGGGGUGCCGCUCUUCCUGGCUUUCCUGGUCAUCUAUGCCCUCACUGUCUCUGGCAAUGGGCUCAUCAUCUUCACCAUCUUGGUGGACACCCGGCUCCACCAUCCCAUGUACUGGUUCCUGUGUCAUCUCUCCUUCUUGGACGUGACCGUUUCCUCUGCCAUUGUCCCCAAGAUGCUAGCUGGCUUUGUCUUGGAUAGCAGGGUCAUCUCCUUUGGAGGCUGUGUAAUCCAACUCUUUUCUUUCCAUUUCCUGGGCUGUACUGAAUGCUUCCUUUACACGCUCAUGGCUUAUGAUCGCUUCUUGGCCAUCUGUAAGCCUUUACAUUAUGCCACCAUCACGACCCGGAACAUCUGUAAUUACCUGGCUUUGGGCACCUGGCUGGGAGGUACCCUCCAUUCACUUUUCCAAACAAGCUUCAUAUUCCGGCUGCCCUUCUGUGGCCCAAACCAGGUAGACUACUUCUUCUGUGACAUUCCCGCCAUGCUGCGUCUAGCCUGUGCUGACAUCACCGUCAAUGAGCUGGUCACCUUUGUGGACAUUGGGUUCUUGGCCCUCACCUGCUUCAUGCUCAUCCUCACUUCCUCUGGGUAUAUAGUGGUUGCCAUCCUGCGAAUCCAGCCCACUGAAGGCCGCAACGCCUUCUCCACCUGUGCUGCCCACCUCACUGUUGUCAUUGUUUACUAUGUGCCCUGCACCUUCAUUUACCUUCGCCCUGGCUCUCAGGAACCCUUGGAUGGAGUGGUCGCCGUCUUCUACACUGUCAUCACCCCCUUGCUUAACCCCAUCGUCUACACGCUCCGCAACAAAGAGAUGAAGGCAGCAUUGUGGAGGCUGGGAGGUCGCAAGGAUGUGCUGCCUCACUGA